UUAGAAAUUUCGUGUUGAAGGCGAGACGAAUAUGAAAUUUUUGGCUUAUUUCUGAGAUAUAGUGGUGUAUAUUCGUGAUAAAAAUGGCUGAGGACGAGGUGCUGUUUGACGACGUGUAUGAACUUUGCGAAAUUAUCGGCAAAGGGCCAUUUAGUUUGGUCCGUCGCUGCGUCCACAGGCAGACUGGCCAACAGUUUGCUGUGAAAAUUGUGGAUGUUGCCCGCUUCACAGCAAGCCCUGGCUUGAGCACUGCAGAUUUGAAACGCGAGGCAACAAUAUGUCACAUGUUGAAACAUCCUCACAUUGUGGAGCUUCUGGAGACCUACAGCUCUGAGGGGAUGCUGUACAUGGUGUUUGAGUACAUGGAUGGCUCUGACCUAUGUUUCGAAGUGGUCCGCCGGGCUACAGCUGGCUUUGUCUACAGUGAAGCGGUUGCAUGCCAUUACAUGCGUCAAAUCCUGGAGGCGCUCCGCUACUGCCAUGAGAACGACAUCGUGCACCGGGACGUGCGCCCACAUUGCGUACUGCUCGCCGGCCGCGACAACUGCGCGCCGGUCAAACUCGGCGGCUUCGGAGUGGCCGCGCAGCUGCCGACGCCCACUGCGCACAGAGCUCCGCCUGGGCGUAUUGGUACCCCCCAUUACAUGGCUCCGGAGGUGGUAUCGAGUCAACUGUAUGGGAAGCCUGUAGAUGUCUGGGCUGCUGGAAUACUAUUGCACGUGCUACUUGUGGGAUAUUUGCCCUUCACUGGGACAAGGGAGCGAUUGUUUGAGGCUAUUUGUCGUGGGAGACUACAUUUCGAUGCACCUCUAUGGGAAGAUAUCAGCGAUGCAGCUAAAGAUCUCGUGCAACGAAUGUUGACCGUGGAUCAUACACAGAGAAUUAAUAUACAAGAAGUCCUCAACCACCGAUGGAUCAGGGACCGCGACAAGCAGAACAGAAUCCACUUAUCCAACACAGUCGAGGAGUUGAAGAAGUUCAACAGCCGGCGGCGACUGCGUGCUGCGACCCUCGCGGCUGCGUCUAUAGAUGAUGAGGAAGAAGACGAACAACCAGCUCGACGGCUGGUGCUGAUGGAAGAAGCUAAUGCUGCCGCUGUGAAUCUCAUCGUAGAGUCCCUUGAUGAUGUAGCGGUGCUGCAGGAUGGACCUGGCUUCAUGGAUCCUGACUUAUUCCACAGCGUGCUCGAUGACCUGCAAUUAAGAUCUCUUUUAGAGGUGUACGACCGUAUAGCGUGCACGGUGGUGGUGACGAGCGGGCGCGCGCCGGCCGCCGAGGGCCGGUCUCGGGCGCGCGCCGCGCUGGAGGCGGCGGCCCGUCUCCGCUCCGGGUCCACGCCGGGCGCCGCCGCGCCGGCCACCGCCACCGCUAUACACGACCUGCGCCGCGUGCUGGCCGUGCCACAUGUCAAGGCUCUGCUACAAGCGCACGACGUGGUCGCGCGCGAGGUGUACGGCGAGGAGUCGCUGCGCGCGUCGCCGCCGCCGGUCAACGGGCGCGCGCAGCCGCCGGCGGAGGACGACGACGACACCGAGCCCGAGUUCGAGAACGUGACCAGGGUGCGCCUCGUGCAGUUCCAGAAGAACACCGACGAGCCUAUGGGGAUAACACUGAAGCUAGCAGAUGACGGGCGGUGUAUCGUGGCGCGCAUCAUGCACGGCGGCAUGAUACACAGGCAGGCGACGCUGCACGUAGGUGACGAGAUCAAGGAGAUCAACGGCACGCCCGUCGCCAACCAGUCCGUUGCGCAACUACAAAGGAUGCUGCGAGAUGCCCGCGGAUCUGUUACGUUCAAGAUAGUUCCAUCAUACCGGUCGGCGCCGCCACCUUGUGAGCUAUUCCGGAUAAAGCCUUCGCCCGUGCUAAUAUUUGUGAGAGCUCAAUUCGAUUACGAUCCUCUAGAAGACGAGUUGAUACCGUGCGCUCAAGCUGGUAUUGCUUUCAAUACAGGGGACAUACUGCAGAUUAUUAGUAAAGACGACUCUCACUGGUGGCAAGCUCGUAAAGAUGCAUCCGGUGGUUCUGCUGGUCUCAUCCCAAGUCCAGAGCUGCAAGAAUGGCGGGCUGCUUGCGUAGCUGCCGAGAAAUCAAACACGGACCAAGGAGCUGAGGGAUGUGUCUCCCAUACCGACGGAUGUGAAAAUACAGUCAAUUGUUCGAUAUUCGGGAGGAAGAAGAAACAGGCGAAAGACAAAUACUUGGCGAAGCACAACGCCGUGUUCGAUCAACUGGAUGUCGUGACGUACGAAGAAGUUGUCAAACUUCCGUCGUUCCAGAGAAAAACGAUAGUGCUACUAGGCGCACACGGCGUGGGGCGUCGUCACAUCAAAAACACACUCAUAGCGCGACAUCCUGACCAGUACGCCUACCCUAUACCACACACGACUCGCCCCGCGCGCGCCGACGAGGAGAACGGCAGACAUUACUACUUCGUUACACACGACGAAAUGAUGGCCGACAUCGCUGCCAACGAAUAUUUAGAAUACGGCACUCACGAAGACGCAAUGUACGGCACGAAGUUGGAGACGAUCCGCCGCAUCCACUCGGAGCGUCGCAUCGCCAUACUGGACGUGGAGCCGCAGGCGCUGAAGAUCCUGCGCACGGCGGAGUUCGCGCCCUACGUCGUGUUCGUGGCCGCACCCUCUUUGAACAACGUGGCAGAUUACGACGGCUCCCUAGAAGUGCUAGCCCGCGAGUCGGAACUCCUCCGAAGCACGUACGGCCACUACUUCGACAUGUCGAUAGUGAACAACGACAUCGACGACACGCUCGCUCAGCUGGAGGCGGCGCUGGCUAGGAUGCGCUCCACCCCGCAGUGGGUGCCCGUGUCCUGGGUGUACUGACUCACCGACUGCUAUCUGUAAGACCGCCCCCUUUGAUUGAAUUGGACUUUACCUAAGUACUCAUAGGGUUUAAAUUCGAACACUUCGACAUGUCGAUAGUGAACAACCACAUCGACGACAGCCCGUGUGGGUGGUGGGUGAGUCAGUAAACCCAAGAGUCCAAUUGGACUUUAUCUGUGUACACAUACAGUUUAAAUUCAUUUGAAUCUUUUAGUCUAUUGUAAGCCUACGACAAAUCUCGAGACGAGAGAAAGACAAAUGUCGACCAAUCGAAAAUAUCGCUCUAUCAUUCAUUGCGUUGUGAAGAAAGAGAGUAGGUACUGACUCACCGAUGUAAGACCGCCUCCUUUGAUUGAAUUGAACUUUAUCUCUGUACACAUACAGUUUAAAUUCGUUUGGAAUACUUCGACAUGUCGAUAGUGAUUCGUUUGAAUGUUUGUAAUUUUUUUAUUGUCUCUUGUAGGCCUUGUAGGAAUCAACGAUAUAUCUCGCCAAGAGAAAGAAAUAUAUUGACGACCAAUAUCGGCAAAGUUGAAAUAUCGCUCUCUUUCCUCCCAACGCAAAGAAAGAGACAGCGAUAUAGCGAUUCCAGCGUUAUUGGUUGAAGUGUCAUUCUUUCGUCUUGAGGUGAAUGUCGUGGUGCGCAUCUAAGGCCUACAAAAGUCCAAUAAAACCUUCCUUUGAAUGUAUUUGACAUGGUAUACAUAUCAAAGAGUGUUUGUUUUGAGCAAUUGCGUUAAGAUUUGAGAGAAAUGGUUGUAACUAACGUAUAUCGAAUUCUACAAAAGUGCAAAAAAUAAAAGCCAAUUAAAUUUACCCAAAUUAGUAUAAGUCCAAUUCAAUAUAAAGUUUAAGGACUCAAUAAUAUUUCAGAACAGUUCGUAUUGAAUAUGAGGCAACGACAAGUAUAAAUUAAAUUUAAAUGAUGUUUUUUCAUCACAAUUGUAGACUUUUUACAAUUAAAAUGUUUUAAAAUAUUAAAAAAAAGAUCAUGUACUGGCACAAUAUAGAAUUGGAUUUUCGAUGAUCUUAUGGAAGUAGAUGUUAAAAUCAAAACUUAAUAAACGAAACCAAUAUGCGUUUAUUUUAAGUAGAAGGGAAAAAAAUCAUGUAAUUUAACGAAUUUAGUAAAAUACGUUUGUAGUAUGCAGUCCAGUCAAUAAGGAAUUUAGCUUUUCAUCUUCUAUAUUCCAAUAAAGCUAUAUAUAUUAUGGAGAUAUUGAAGGGAUAGACAGACAGAUAAACAAAGUUCUUAAAAUGUUGCAACCCAUUGGUGGCUUCUUGACAGAUUGACUUAAGUAAUCACUUAACUAAGUGAGUGAACCUGAGAGUUUGUCCGAAAUUAUUGAGAAAUAAAAAAAGCUAUAGGUAACAGCGUAGCCUUUUUAUCAAGUCGCACCUUCGUAGGUCACGACAUUUUAAAGAAAAUAGAUCGCAAUUGGAUAUCAUAAUAUACCCAUCUACCUACAAAUUGUAAAGUAAAUUAAACAAAAAUAAUUUAUUAUUAAAUAUUUAUUUUAUUUUUUUUAAACUGUAGCAAUUUACGUCUUUGUUUGACUAAAUACACAUAUUUUAAAAAAGACCUUUUUUUGUUAGGUCUCACUAAUUCUGAAAAUUAGACGAAACCGCGUAUCAUUUCGCAAUAGAUCUGUAUAAUACAGCAUUUGAUAUUUAAUUAGGGGACAUUAUCGUGUCUUAAAAUAGACCCAACACGCAUCAGAUCUUUACGUUAGUGAAAAAGAUUACAUUUUACCUUAUGAUUAUUAUUAUUUGGACACAAUUCGGAUUAGUUCUUCAUAUUUAUAAACUCGCCACUAUUUAAGACGCUUUCAAACCGAACUCAUACGAGGGAAAGGGUUGGCAUGAUAGAGACCUAAAUAUGCGCGUACCUCUUUUUACACGAAAAUAUGCCUAUGUCUUAUUAACAGACGAUGGGUAUGUUCGCUGUAAGUCAUUGUAUGACUAAAAGUCAAUAUCAGAUUUUUUUGGAUUAGGUCUCAAUAAUUCUAAAAGUGCGAUUUUUUUUUAAAUUAUGUACCUACCUAUUUUUUUCCUUUUACAUUAAAUAAACAUGAAAUGAAUCACAAUACGAGUAUAUCAUAUACAAUUUAGUAAUAAGUUUAUAUAAUACUAAAGUCCUUAUUGACUAGGCUGGGGAAAUUAUUUAAUUGAAAAUACAAAAGACAUUUUCAGUUUGUUAAAAGUAUUAAUUCAAUACCUUUGUGAUAAUGCAUCGUUAUUAUAUUUUAAAUUAUUAUUGUUGUUAUUGUUUUUCUUGUAUUGAUAAUGUUUCUUUUAUUCAUCGUUUUUUGUUUAUUUUAUUUUUUUACUUUGGUACAAUAGAGCUCAACAGAUUUUGUGCCAAAAAAAAAACAAGUUCUAUCGUAUUAAUUCGAUUUUUCAUAAAAUUUUUAGAACUGUGUACAUAAAUAUAUUAUAAUUAUUAUAUUAGUAGAUAAACGACAAGGAGGGUGUUACUCUUUAGGGUGUAUUUGUAGCUUAAAAUGUUUACUUCAAAAUUUAACUCUUAAGAUCUAUCCUAUUAAUUCGUUAGUAUUGAAAAUUUAAAUGGUUAUCCAACAAAGAAACUUAUACAACUUUUUUUUUUUAAUUGUCUUGCAUUUUGAAUGUUUAGAUUAUAAUAUAUGAGGAGUAAGAUGAAAAAAAUAUGUUCGCUAGGACUAGCUAGCUACUAUAACUUAAACAUUAUGUAAAAAAAUAACGAAAUGCGUAAUUUUUCUUUGUUUAUCUUAUUCAUUUAACAAUAUUUUUUCAAAAUUUUGUGAUAAUAUUCGUCAUUUUUAAUCCUUUGUUUAUUGUUGAUACUUGAUAUUUACGUGAUUUGUUGUUUCUUAGUUGGAAAACCUUUUGAUCAUAAAAUCUCAGGUUUUAGAUAUCACAGGGUUGGCAAACAAAACACUAUUUCAUUAAUUAUAUUACUCUACAUUUUUUUUUAUUUUAUUUGAUAUUAUCUAUCUAUUGUCUAGUUAUCGACAUUUUAACUAUCGAAACAUAUUACAAAAAUUCACAUAUUGUGGACAAAAAAAACUGAGAAAUAUUGAUUUAUGUCCAUUAAAUUCAUACUAUAUUUUAUUGUUCAUCAUAUUAUUUGUAUAAUAUAUUUCUUUCUUUUUUAGUAUUUAUAGUAGAAAAAUGAAAAAUUUGUUUAAGACCAAAGUAUUAGAUGGUUAAAUAUGCCUUUACUAUACAGUUAUAAAGAGCUCCGAUAGCCCAGUGGAUAUGACUUCUGCCUUCGAUUUGGAGAGCGUAUGUUCGAAUCCGGUCCGGGGCAUGCACAUUCAACUUUUCAGUUGUGUGCAUUUUAAGAAAUUAAAUAUCACGUGUCUCAAACGGUGAAGGAAAACUAUCGUGAGGAAAAGUAUAUACCUGAGAAUUUUUAUAAUUCUCUACUUAAAUACAUUCUGCUAAUCUGUAUUAGCCAGCGUGGUGGAUUAUUGGCCGAGUUUCCUCUCAUUCUGAGAGGAGACUCGUGCUCAACAGUGAACCGAAGAUGGGUUGCUAAUGAUAAUGAAUGUAAUCGGCAGAGUUCAAAAAGUAUAACAUUAAUUUAUUAAAUCAAGCCGUGGCGGGUCAACAUGAAGACUUUGGGCAUGUGUUAUUUUACAAGGCUCUGCAGUAAGAAUUUUAAAAAAUAGUAAACAAUGUUGCGACACUAAAAAAAGAACUUUUCAAUUUAAAAAAUAUUGAAGGCGUAUCAAAGCAUCUAAAUCUUUGGUCAUAAUGCCACGGAAUUUAAACAACAGUUUCAUAAUACGAAAAAUAUUUAAACAUUCAGAUUCAUUAUAUUUACCUACUGUCGAUAAACAACAAUUCGAAUUGGAUUUUAUCAGAUUUUCCGAGGCAUGUAUUCGCUAAUUUCUGAAAUUCAUUAUCUAUUCUUAACAUUAAUUUAAUAAUUAAUUAGCUACAUCUAUAGAGGCGUCAAUUCUGAUAUUUAUUAUUGUUAUUCAAACAAAAUUUCGAGCGAAAUAUAAUAUAAUAUCAAAUUGACAUAAAAUUGGCUUCUAUUGUUUUUCUUGGCUAUUUUUUUUAAAAACAUGUUUUUGAAAAAUCUAUCAUUUUAAAUACCUAAAUAAGUGUAAUGAUAUUUUUGGAAUUAGAUUAUUUCUCAAUGGGCGCCUUAAUUUUUUCUUUCUACACGAAUGAUUGCACUUUUCCAUUCCUGUACAGAAAUUACUACUACCUACGUAUUAGCGGAUUUUACUAUAAACCUAACUGUCUAUCACUAUUUCACUAUUAAUAAAUAUAUUUAAGUAUUUUAGAAAUAAGCUCUGAUAAUAUUAAACAGUUUUUGAACUAUUCUUCAAACUUUAAGUGCAGAUUUGAAAUUUUUUGCUCAAUAUUCAUUAUAUUUUUUUGUCCCCUAUUUGUCAUCUUUAAAUACUUUGAAUCUUAUUAAAAUGCAUCGUUAGUCUCUUGCAUGUAACUUUAACUUUAAUAUAUUUCCAUAAACUUUAGCAUGUUAUAUUUAUAUUUCUGCACUUAAAGUGUGUUACUUCUUCAUCCUUUUUCUUUCUUUCUCUCAAUUACUAACGAUGAUUAUUAAUAAAGACACUAUUAGAUCUAAAAAAAAUGUGAAAUAUAAUAAUAACAAUAAUUAUAUUUAUCUAUAGCUAAGUGACGUUUUUUUCUUUACAACUAUGUUACAAUAAUAAAUUAUUUCAAGUUGUGGAAAACUUCAUAAUGUAAGUUGUAAGAAUAUAAGUAUAAAUCUAGAUAAAUUAAAAUAAUUAUACAAUAUUGAAUUUAUCCAUAGGAUUGUGGGAUGUGUGGUGUGCGAGUAGCACUGUUUUGUUUGAAAUUUUUGAUAGUGUUGCUACACUUAAAAAAUAAUAAUUUAUUUGUGUCAUAUAGAUUUUAUGUAUACCAUGUACCUAGGUUUUGUGAAAUAAUUGUGAGACAAAAAGCACGUUUGCAUUUUGUAAACCAUAGACAAAUUGAUGAUAAGCAACGUCAUUAACGAUUUUUAGACAGAAAAUAGUUAAAAACAAUGCAGGAUUAAUGGGUCUGACUGAUUGAGACUUUAUAUUAUAUUUAUAAUUUGAAACAUUUUAUUUUCUUGGGACGUAAUGGUUAUUUUGCUUCUAAAGAAUAGGUACUAUGACAACAGAUUGCAUUAGACACAUUAGCUGCCUUAAACUCUAUUAUGUGUUUAAACCUUUCAUCAUAGACUAAACUCUACUUUUUAAAAAUCCUUUUAUCAUGCAACCGUUUCAUACUGUCUAUCUACUUCCAUCUUAUAUCAUGACAGUUUGUCUAUGGAUUCUUAUGUUAUUAUAUAUUAUAGGUACAAAUUAUUAUAAUGAGUGCACAUAAUUAAAAAAUAAAUGAAUUUUAUUUACUUAGACAAUUCAAUUCAUAUAUUAUAUUCAUUGUUAGUUGUUCAAUUAUUUUAAAAUAUAAAACAAAAAUAUUUAAGCUAUCAUAUUAUAUAACGAUUAUAUAUAUUAUGUAAGACAUAAUAUUAUUGUGUACUUAUGUGUGAAUUCUAUAAAAUAUUUAAUGGCAACAACCACAUUUGUGGUAUGCACAACUGUUCUCAGAGGAUUUAAAAUUAUUGUCAAUACUUCAAGCAUACACAUGAACAUAUUACGGUUUUUUGUAGAAAAAGCACGUUAUAAACUGUCACGUCGGGCCAUAAAUGUCAAUAAAUACGGAUAUGCUACGAUAUUGGUAAGUGGACACCUGUUCAUAUGGUGUUACAAAUAUUUUGAAAAAUACCGAGAACAAAUAAAGUUUCUAAUACAAAAAUGUUACUACUCCAUAAAGGAGUACUUUAUUGAUGCUUCAAAAAAUAGUUGUAAUUAUAUUUCUUUUAAACUUAAUGUCAUUUAAUUUUAAUUUUAACAAUUAAAUAAUUGUAUAUCUAUUAAUGGUGAAACAUUGUUACCUAAUACAUAAGAACAUCUUUGUAUAACUAAUUUUAAUGUUUCUUGCAAAUAAAAAAAAACAACAAUUAUCUUAUUUUAAAUGCGGAAGUACUGUAAUGAGAACACUCAUUAAGGAUAUUGUUUGUGCCAGGAUGUUUUUUAAGUAAUUUGUUACGAAAUAGAUUUAAGGAAAUAAUUUAGGGCUCGACGAGACCGUUUUUAACAAGCUUACUAUAGUAUACAACAGAAAUGUUUGUAUGCAAAGCAUGGUAUUUAAUUGUUUAUCGAAACGAUACAAAAUAUAUCAAAUUUGUUUGUUGUAUAGUCUCAUUUUAGUAGUCUUUAGACUAAUACGUUAAAUAUUACUAAGUUAUAAACGCUAUGUAGGAAGAAGAAAGAUUCACUUUGUGUAUAUUUAUUUAUUAUUUCACAAUGCACUCUAAUUUCUAUUAGAGUGCAUAUUCAUUGAUCGAUAACUUGAAUAAGUCGAUCGGUACAGUAUAGGUAAGCCUUAUCCCGCGCCCCUCAACAGAAAAAAGUAUAGCCAAAUGUAAAACAACCAAAGUCCUUUAUAAGAAUCGCCGAAGAUUUAAAGCGUAUAAGGCUGCCAGUCCACCGAAGUGGAGCGAGGCAAUGGAGCCGAGAAACUGAGAAAUAUUAACCAUCCGGUAGGAUUGCAGAAAAUCUCCGCUCCUCUUAAGUGGACAGGGACUUGCGAGCGAGUUUAAAAAGAAAUUCAUAUAAAACCGGUAAGCGGAGCGGGGAAUCACGCGCGGGGAAGCGGUGAAUAUAGUCAAUCAAUCAAACAAGCAAUCAAUCAAUGAAUGUAUAGUGCCACAAACUUAUCGGAUCUGGUGCCCAAAACUGGAACUAUCGCAAGGAGUAUAAUAUCCGGCUUCGUUUCUGACAGAUCAUGAUCGAUGAUUCGCUUUAUAAGUAUCAGAACAUGGGUAUAUUCGUUUCUUCUUCGGCGUUUAUUAAUAUGAAUUAUAGUAGAUAUUAAUUUUUCGCUGUUAGUGCUACUCAUUUGAAUGAGUGUGAAAGUUUAUCUUACGUACGUUAUGAUAAUUAAUAUUUAAAAAUAAGAGUAUUUUCAAUAUAUUAUACAUACAUCACAAAAAUUUAAACAUUACCCUCAACAUUCCAUUACUUACCGUCUUUUUCGUUUUUUUAAUAUAAUUUUUAUUUAUUGAUAAUAAUUUAUUUUUUUAAAGUCAUUAGAAUUUAUAAUAGAGUAGGUAUUUUAAUGUUUGACAUUAACCAUUCUGUAAAUUGAUUUUGUUGAUUCAUUUAUUAUUUAGGUCAUUAUACAAGAUUUUAUUAAUUUUAGUUUGUGUUUUAAUAUUGUUAUUUCCCAUCCAAAGACAUUAAUGGAUUCGUAGUGAAAAUAUCUAUUUGGGAAUAUAAUGUAAGUUAUAACAUGAUAUUGAAACGAAAAUAAAAAAUGGUCAAUAAAUUAAUAGUUACGUGUAAUCAUAGACUACGGAAUAAGAUAGACGAAGCAUAGAGUACAACGAAGUGAGAUCGUAUUUUGCAAUUCAUAUUAAGCAUUGUGCAAUAAUUGUUAUAAGAACAUAUUUCAACUUCGUUAACCACUUUUAAAAUUCUUCGUCGUAUCUCUUCCUGUAGACUGAAUUUAUGGUAAUAAAAAUAUUAAAAUUGUAAUCAAUCUAGUUGACAUAAACAUUAUUUGUUCGUAUCAACUGAUCACAAUAGUCUUAAAUUGCAUGCAAUAUGGAAAAAAAAUGUAUUUAACGUCAGAUAAUUCUGUAUUCCAGAUUGUUUCCCAAUAACAACUAACUGACAAUGACUGAAAUAAAUCAUUAUAAUAACUGUUAAAAUUGAAUAAAGAGCACAAAAUA